AUGACAACGACGGCCGUGCGCGUCACGACGCCCGAGAUCCGGCUCCACUGCGGCCCCACAGGACUCAACGAGGCCGUGCUAUCGCUGGACUUUCUUCACCUUGACGUGGACAGCGUGUACGGUGCUACUGCCGUCCCGGACAAGCCGCUGCUGGCCACAGGUGGCGCCGAUAAGGAGAUCAAAUUGUGGCGCGUCAGUGAAGACGCAGAUACGAACCGCGCGACGCUUGAGUUCGUCUUCAGUCUCUCUGGUCACGAUCGCAGCGUCAACUGCGUGCGGUUCUCGCCCAAUGGUGCCUACUUAGCGUCCGCCAGCGACGAUACGUCCAUCAUCCUCUGGACGAAGCCCAAGACGGCGGGCGACGAGUGGCGGUGGGACCACAUCUCGUCGCUUAGUGACGUGGGACGCACGAUCCUCUCGCUGGGCCACAAAGGGGACAUCACGGACCUGUCGUGGGCACCAGACUCGGCUUUUCUCUGCUCGACUUCAGUCGACAAUCGCUGCGUGAUUUGGGACGUGGAGAAAGGAGACGUGGCCGAGCGACGCAAAGACCACACGCAGUACGUCCAGGGAGUCGCGUGGGACCCGCUUAAUGAGUUUCUCGUGACGGAAAGCAACGAUCGCACGUGUCGAGUUUAUUCGCUCAGUGGCUUUGGCGCGGCCACGCAGCCAGAUGGGAAGAAACAGCGGCGCAAGUUUGUUGGCAUCCAGACGUUGAAGACACGUGAAUUCGCGGCACCAGGGAGUGGAUCUUUUACUGUGAUAGCAAAGGGAGGUGGCAAAGAAGGCAAGGAUAUUGUGAAGAAUGUGGAGGACGCUGAAGGGACUCUUGCAAUCACAGGAGAUUCACCGACACCGCCGAAAGCGCUGGCGGCGCAGAAGCACCGGAUGUUCCUAGAUGAUACGUGCCCUGCGUUCUCUCGUCGGCCUACGUGGACACCAGACGGAAGCUACUUCUUGGCACCAACUGGAACGUUUCGAGCGAGCGACUCGUCGUCUUCGGUGAACACCGUGUAUGCGUUCUCGCGAGGCAACUUAAGUCAGCCGACGCUACACCUUCCUGGCCAAAAGAAGGCGUCGCUUGGUGUUCGCUGUAGCCCUCUGCUCUACGAAUUGCGGCGUCAAAAUGAUCAGGCAGGAAGUUUGCCUUUGCCCAACUUUUUCAAGACGGAAUACCGCUCUGUAUUUGCUGUCCUUACUCUUGAUGCUGUAAUCAUCUACGACACUCAACAAUCUCAUCCGAUAUGUACGAUAAAAGGACUCCACUACGCAGAUUUAACGGACGCAACCUGGACAGCCGACGGUCAGACGCUGAGCAUUUCGUCUACAGACGGCUACCUGUCGAUCAUUCAGUUUGCAGAUGGUUUCUUCGGGACCAGUCUUCCUCGCGCAGAUCAAGUUGCAUUGAACAAGACCAAGAUGUGUCGAAUGUUUGCAACGCCAAAGAAGGUGCGCAAGAAAGCUAGGAGUCAGGUUUUGACGCAGACUACGUCAAAGGAGCUGACGCCAGCGAAACCCUCGCUCACGAAGUCGAGACCACAGCAGGUGUCAGACCCCAUUACACGUGCCUACCAGAAGUUGGAGGGGAGCACUGCUGCCAACCCCGUCAAUCUACUGCAGGUAAGAAAGAAGCGCAAGUCGUCACCGGCGCUGGUGCCAGCUGCAGCAAUGUCCGUGACAGUGGCAAGCAGUACCUCGGCGACCAGCACGCCGUUGUCAUCUAAUGCUCCAGUACGUAGCACAGAGUCGGCAGUUGGAGACGAGAUCGGUCCCUUCUCCGAGCCCGUUCCCCUUGAAACAGAGCUGACCGAAACUCAACCGACCGAAGGACACACUCGUGGCGGCAAUACGGUCGACGACCGUUAG